UCCCCAUUACUGUGUUUGAACUGCCGCUCGUAACCCCCUCAUUCAGUCUACUGGCGCGUGUCCCUCUCCAUCCCAUCUUCGUGGGCAUCUCCGACGACUGCUGCGCCGGAAUCGCGUGUCUGCUCUGAUCAAGUCGCCCCAAUAUCAGGUGUUAAGAGCCAUGGUUAGGAAACGGCAGGAUGUUGAUUUGGGUGAUGAAGACAUGAAGCAUGUCGCUGUAAGGAACAGGGCUUCUCCAUUUGGUCCGACCCAACUCUACAAGGAUUUCAAUGUCGCACUAAAGCUGGAUUUCAGGAACAUGGAGUUUACGUCUUUCAUGCAUAUCAACACCACCAAGCUACACAAUAAAGCGAUUGAUUGGCUUGCGAGUUGUUAUGACUCUUCGACCAGGUGUCUUCUUAUCCCUGCCAGGGGCAGGAUUGCAAUGACCGAAGAAUCUGUCUACAAUGCUUUGGGGUGCCCCAUGGUAAUUUGCCUGUUCAUACAGGGUGGACAAGGACAUUGAGGCCCGUCUUGCACCACAGAUGUUCCCUGGUAUGGAUCUAUCCAAAGCCCCAUUGCAUAGCCAGGUGAACACCAUGUUGAAGGAUAUGACGGAGUCCGGCGACAGUUUCAAGAGGCUCGCCCUGAUAUACAUCAUGAGCACUAUAUUGGCACCAACCACUAGCACCAGGAUAAGCAAUAGGUGCUAUCCUGUUCUGGAUCAUAUUGCCAACAUGCACAAGUACAACUUUUGCAAGUUUGUUCUCGACCAACUUCAUGAGAAUUUGUCUAAGAAGAAAUUAAACAAGGGUUGCCGUCUUUACCUUUUGUUUGGAUAUCAGCGAGCUCGGGCUAGAUGUGCCUGCUGCUCCGUUUGGAGUCACCGUGUGGACAAACAGCUUGAUUGAUUAAGUUUUGAAAGCAGACACCAAAGAAGAUGGAUCUUUUGGGAAACUCCAGCUAAUCUCUGACCAUGCUGUGAACAAUACGUAUUUUGGCGGUCCUGAGCAGUUUUCCAGGUGGAUUGAUAUGAAUAGCCAUCCUGAUAUCGAACCGAAGGAGUGGAAGAAAGUUGAAACUCUUGUGGGUCAGUUUGCGUCAGGCAUGACCUGUCUCCUGGGCAAUCUUGUGCAAGGGUGGACUGGUCUGACCCCUCUUGAAAGUGAAGAAAUGUCGCGCCGUUUUGCUAUGGUCACCGGUGGCGUGCCCAUGCGCUCUCGUACUGCUAGGGGUAGGUUUGAGGGUUACAAUUACCCGAGCGACACGGAUGAUGAAGAUGAACAUGCUCAAGACAGUGGUGACACCAGCGACAGUGAUGACGACCCACCCAACAACCCUGGAGGAGGAGAAAGAGAAGGGAAAAGGAUGGCGAUAAUGAAGAUGGGGAGAUGGGCAAGGGCGAUGCUCAUGAGGGUCAAGGUACCGGGGAUGACGGCGGGAAUAAUAAUGACAGCUCUGGCCACAACGACAACAAUGAGGCAACACCCAACGAUGAGCCUGGUGAUGAAUCUGGUGGCGUGGGGUGCGGGGGUGAAUCCGAUGCUAGCGACAAAGGUAUUGCGAAUGCCGCACACCGUGAAAUUGCCAAACACGUGGUUGGGGAACUGAAUUUAAAGAGGCAGAGGAGUGAGAUGCUGUCUGAUGGCGAUGUUGUUAAGUGGCAAUUUUACUCUUACCACAGAUCCACCAAAAUGGUUCUAACAAAGAGUACCAGGCCUGCAAGGAGGUCUCCUCGGUUUUCUCCAACCAAGGGUGGGGCAGGAGAGGAUCCAACCGCUGGCGUGCCUGCUAUUGAAAAGGUGUCAAAAAAGGCAUCUACAAAGCAUACUGUACCUUCAGGGAGUUCUCCUCGUUUCUGUCCAAAACCAGAUGGGGCACAAAAUGAUGAUCCUACCAUUGGAGCCUGCAUUCCUGUAAAAGUCACUAAGAAGGAACCCACAAGGAGGUCUCCUCGUGUUUCUCGGAACACUAAUGUUGGUGCAAGCACCACUGCAUUUUGUAUUCCUGAAUUGGCACCACGCGCUCAUAUUAAGAAGCAAUCAACAGUCAAAGUUUAUUUUUGCGCAACCAGGGGUGAGUCAUCGUCCGAUAGUGAUUUUGUGAAGUGCAAGAAACCAAGAGCUACUAAAUUGGUUCCAGCCAAAAGCACUAUACCUGCAAUGAAGUAUCCAAACAAGGACAUGGCAAAGGGGGCUGACUCAAGAGUCGCAGCUACUCGUAUUGCUCGAAAAAUGGAUGGGACAUCAGAAGAUGUUGCAGCCUGCAUUCCUGAAGUGGUAGCGCGUUCUCGUCCUAUGAAGGGAGGAACUGCCAUCGAUGGAUUACGCAAAAGCAAUGCCGUGUUUGGUAGACUCCGUGCAAUGCUUAACAUAAAUGCUGACAAUGUUGCUGAUCCCAAGGUGGCUGAUCCGAAGGCAGUAGACCCUAAAGUGUCAUAUCACAAGGCGGUAGAUGAGCCUAUUGCUGAUGCUCCAAGUUCGACCAUGCCGGCUGGUGACGCUGGUGUUCUAAGUGACGCAGGGGUUAUCACAGCUCCCGGCAGCAGGCCAGAAAAAAUUGUGCCCCCUGUUGUUGGCUCAGCAUCAAAGCCGGUAGUAAUUGUGUCACCUGCUUUUGGAUCAGCAGCAAAACUAGUAGAAAUUGUGUCCCCUGCUGUUGGAUCAGCAGCAAAGCCAGUAGAAAUUGUGUCUCCUGUUGUCGGUUCAGCGGCAAAGCCGGUUGAUAUUGUGUCGCCCGUUGUUGGUUCAGCGUCAAGGCCGGUCGAAAUCGGGUCUCCUGCUGAUCCUGCAGCCAGGCCUGCACCCUUGAACAUAGGCGGUGCAACUGUAAUGGCACAUGCAGGUGUAACAAGAGGAGAUCUGAUUGACAAGCUAUCGCCAACUGGCCAAGAAGCUGCAGAGGGUCUGAUUGGGCUGCAGACAGGCAUGUUCCCUGCAUCUCUACUGUUUGCGAACCCCAAUGCUGGCCUAAAGUAUACAACUCCAGUGAAGACAUAUACAAGAACAAAAGCUGCUACUCAAUCAGGGAUUGGUGGGCCAAGCGUGAGUGCAUCUCGGCAGUCAGCAUGUGUUGAUAAGAAGGAAGUAGGUGAUGCACUAGCUGGUCCAAGCGACGGACUCGGGGGAAACAAAGUUGAUGUGCAUAAAAGUACUCGCCAUCGUAUGGCGUUCACCCCACCCGGGUUUGAUCUUGGUUUCGGGGAAGAUGCAGAACCUGUUGCCAAGCAACAAAAACAUGUGUCGUUCGUACUCCCAGACGAGCAGCUUGGUGCGGACAUAGACAUCAACAAGGGAGCUUUUGUAGAUCUCGGCACUGUCGUUGUGUCACAAGAAGAAAUUGAACUUUUUGAUAUAUACGACAGAGAAUACCGAAAAGCAAACGUGGCCGUGAUGUCUGGUUCUGCAGGCCCCAGCAGUCUGGAGACCCCUAUGAAAAAUAUAUCAAUCGCUGAGGGAGUCGAGUGCAGUGCCACUCCAGCGUCAACAAUUGUUCCCAAGAGGGUCGUACACCCUUCAAAGUAUGUGCGGGGGCGUAUGUGACGAUCAAAGCUUCUGUUGCAGAGAACGAGUUAUACAAGAAAGUUAGGCGUUUUGGCGAUGGCAGGAAGACAUCAAAGAGCAAGGAUUCCGAUGUACGCAACGCACGCGUAAUCCAAUGCAGAGCAACAUGGAUCGAGCUUGGGGAGCUUGCUGCAUGUGUCAAGCCAAGGGGCCAGUUGACAAGCAAUGUUGCCGAAGCCGCAAUAGAGUACAUCAAGUUGUAUGAUUGCCCUGACGACAAAGUCCUGAUGUCGUACGUUGUCGGUAAGAAGAUAUCGGAAGGGAACGUCAAGCACAAUGUCAUCAAGGCAGCAUUCAGCCAGGAGAUUGGUUCAAAGCUCACUCGGAAAUAUAUUAUCAUGUUCCCCUUCAUCCAGACAUGGGGUGUAGGGAAAGACAAAGUCGGUCAUUGGUAUACUAUUUCGAUAAAUACCAAGCAAAGGAUGUUCGAGAUCCUUGAUUCAUUGCGCGGGCCGGAUAAUGAUGAUCUUCAGUCCCAUUCCCGCGUUAUGUUAGCGCACAUUAAACGUGCCUGGAAGGAGCAUUAUGGUGGUGCCAAGUUGCAGAUAGAGGAUUUCACCACGCAGCACAUUGAUGUGCCAAAGCAGAAUAAUCUCGAUGAUUGUGGGUUUUAUAUGCUCGAGUUCAUGAGGAAGUGGGAUGGGAGAGUUGUUCCUGCGUUGGAGCUGGACGACAUAGUUGAAUUGAGGAAGGUUCUGACCUACAAGAUGAUUGUGACACAGCCUUUCAAUGAGAAAAAGAAUGCAAAGGACUUCAUAGAGGAAAACACAAAAUGAGGGGGACACGAUAUGUUGUUGUGACCGUUUUGUCCGGAAGACAGAUGGGGCAGCGAACAAACAUGAAUGGGCCAGAUAUGUACUGUACAUAUUAAUAUGCUUUUUUAUACUCCCUAAAUGUAGUCUAGCAGAUAUAUGAAUGUGGGAAAUGCUACCAAAGAUGGUCACGUGCUAGCAGUUUCAAAUGGAUAUCCGGUUCCUAGUGUAUUGUAACCAAAAUCUACUAUCAUUAUAGUUCUCAACAUGGCAGCAUAUUGGUGUGCAUGCGGCAUCUUUCCACUUAAA